AUGCCUCACCAACCCUGCCUCACCAACCUUCCUCACCAACCCUGCCUCACAAAACCCUGCCUCACCAACCCUGCCUCACCAACCCUGCCUCUCCAACCCUGCCUCACCAAGGCUGCCUCGGCAGCCUGUCUCACCAACCCUGCCUCACCAGAAUGCCCCACCAACCCUGCCUCACCAGCCUGCCUCACCAGAAUGCCCCACCAACCCUGCCUCACCAGCCUGCCUCACCAGCCUGCCUCACCAACCCUGCCUCAUCAACCCUGCCUCACCAAAUCGUGGCGCGCCAAUCCUGCCUCACCAGCUCUACCUCACCAGGCUGCCUCACCAACCCUGCCUCACCAGUCUGCCUUACCGGCCUGCCUCACCAACCCUGCCUCAUCAACCCUACCUCACCAAUCCUGCCUCACCAAUCCUGCCUCAUCAACCCUGCCUCACCAAUCCUGCUUCACCAACCCUGCCUCACCAACCCUGCCUCACCAGCCUGCUUCAACAGCCUGCCUCACCAAGCCUGCCUCACCAACCAUAGCACACCAGCCUGCCUCACCAGCCUGCCUCACCAACCCUGCCACACCAACCAUGACACACCAGCCUGCCUCACCAGCCUGCCUCACCAACCCUGCCUCACCAGCCUGCCUCACCAACCCUGCCUCACCAGCCUGCCUCACCAACCCUGCCUCACCAACCCUGCCUCACCAGCCUGCCUCACCAUCCUGCCUCGCCAACCCUGCCUCACCAACCCUUCCUCGCCAACCCUGCCUCACCAACCCUGCCUUACCAACCUUGCCUCACUAA